GGAAGCCUUGCAGUCCAGAGCGGUUAUUACUGGUGCUACUACUAUUUAUUGUUUUUAAAAUCUGUUUCCAAGCCCGCUGUGGCCGCCGCCUACCUUUCUGCCCUUUGGAGUUUGACCAAGAUAUUUGCACCCGAGUCUUUUUGCGCGAUUGUAAUCUGAACCUUCUUCCGUGUCCCUUGAAUCUGUGGGAACGCGAGAGCGCACGUUUCACGGAGUUUUGUGUAUUGUGGCUGUGCAUUGUGAGAAAUACCUAUGAGAAAUUAAUAGCUCAGCACCACGGUUUUUCUGUGCCUUCCGUUUUAUCGCCUACCAACCUGCGCUUUGCGUUAAGAGAUAAAAAGCGUCCCUGUGUGCAUCCCCGAGUUUCACGGGCUAUUGCUAAAUUACGGUUUUCGAGUUGCUUUGUGCUUUGCAAUAACGGGGCAACUGAUGGAGUAAGAAUUUGUGUUAAUGAGCUCCUCCUGAUGGUAUUUAACUCCCAACUAGCCAGUUUUCCUGGCCCUGGUAACACCUGAAAAAAAAUUAAGAAUCCCGUUGGCGCACCUUAUCUGCAGGCACAGCUGAAUGAAGUCUGCAGCUCGUCUCCUUUUGCCUCUGCAAAUGUGUGCGAAGUACUUAUCCUUCGAUGAGAAAAGGGGAGGGGACAGACUGUUCCCUGUGUGGAAUUGUGCAUGGGCUUUGAUGUUGUACGUUUUAGUGACAUAGAUAUAGUUGGUGUUGUGGUGGCCAUGGAGUUGUAUUGCAUGCAUUUAAAUUAAGAGCAUUUCCAUUUAGAAAGUUUUGCUGACACAUUGCUGGAGUUAAGUCUGUUGUCUAAAGUGUGUAAAUUGCAUUAUCUGUAAGAUUCAUUUACCAUGCAAGCGGUUUUUAAAAAUACAUUUUUUUUUUUCUUUUCAGAUUUAGGACCCUGAAGAGUCCCUGAUUUUUCCCCUCUCUUGCAGUAGUAAAUCCCAUUAUGGAGACCCUGACACUUCAUAACGGGAUAUAAUUUGAAUUCCAUGGGAGUGUAGUUUUGUGUAGGAAUUACAUGUGGAAAGUAGUGAGUUUUCAAAAAGAGUGUGAGGAGUUCGCUGCUGGUCCAUUAUGGGUGAGCCGGAGUUCUGUUGGUAAUGCAUUGCUUUGUUAGGCCUUGGUUAUAAAACUGGAAAGGACUAGCUAUGCGUUUGACAUUCUCUACUGAACGCCUAGUGUGAAGAGAUGAGAAAUUUCAUGUGAAGGUGUUAGCUAUCAAGAAAUACUGCCACUACUCAUGCGCAGAGCUACCUCUCUAAGAGUUGCCCCAGAGACUUUGUCUUGAAGAAUUCAUAGUAUGAUGGAAGAGAGCACCAUCUUGUCAAAUUGGACAAAUGACAACAAGCAAAAAAUGAAGUAUGACUACUCUUGUGAACUCUACAGGAUGUCUACGUACUCGGCUUUCCCCGCCGGGGUCCCCGUCUCCGAGCGGAGUCUUGCCCGUGCUGGUUUCUAUUACACUGGCGUGAAUGACAAGGUCAAGUGCUUCUGUUGUGGCCUGAUGCUGGAUAACUGGAAACAAGGAGACAAGCCCAUUGAGAAGCAUAAGCAGCUCUACCCUAGCUGCAGCUUUGUUCAGAAGCUGGUUGUAACUAGUCUGGAGCCCGCCAGUAAGACCACUUCUCCAGUGAAAAGUAGUUUUGCGCAUUCAUCAUCUCUCCCUUUGGAAGCAGGUGGCUCAUUCGGUGGUCCCAGCUUUUCAACAAACCCUCUUAACUCUAGAGCAGUUGAAGACCUUUCUCCACUGCGGACUAGCCCUUAUCAUUAUUCCAUGAGUAGUGAAGAAGCAAGGUUUCUUACUUAUCACAUGUGGCCCUUAAGCUUUUUGUCACCAUCGGAAUUGGCAAGAGCUGGCUUCUAUUAUGUAGGACCUGGGGAUAGGGUAGCCUGCUUUGCUUGUGGUGGGCAGCUAAGCAACUGGGAACCCAAGGACGACGCUAUGGCAGAACACCGGAGGCAUUUCCCCAAAUGUCCGUUUUUGGAGAAUUCUCUGGAAGCACUGAGGUUCAGUAUUUCAAAUCUGAGUAUGCAGACGCAUGCCUCUCGAAUGCGGACAUUUAUGUACUGGCCAGCCAGUGCUCCAGUGCGUCCAGAGCAGCUUGCAAGUGCUGGUUUUUAUUAUGUAGGUCGCAAUGAUGAUGUCAAAUGCUUCUGUUGCGAUGGUGGCCUGAGGUGUUGGGAAUCUGGAGAUGAUCCCUGGGUGGAGCAUGCCAAGUGGUUUCCAAGGUGUGAGUUCUUGAUACGCAUGAAAGGGCAGGAGUUUGUUGAUGAGAUUCAAGCUAGAUUUCCUCAUCUCCUUGAACAGCUACUGUCAACUUCAGACCCUCCUGGAGAAAACAGUACUGACCCACCAAUUGUUCAUUUUGGACCUGGAGAAAGUUCUUCAGAAGAUACGGUCAUGAUGAAUACACCUGUGGUUAAAGCUGCCUUAGAAAUGGGCUUUAGUAGAAGCCUUGUGAAACAGACAGUCCAGAGUAAAAUUCUAACAACUGGAGAGAACUACAAAACAGUUAAUGAUAUUGUAUCAGCACUUCUUGAUGCUGAAGAUGAAAAAAGAGAAGAGGAGAAGGAAAGACAAGCUGAAGAAAUGGCAUCAGAUGACUUGUCAUUAAUUCGGAAGAAUAGAAUGGCUCUAUUUCAGCAGUUGACGUGUGUACUUCCUAUCCUGAAUCAUCUUUUAAAGGCUGGUGUAAUUAACAAACAGGAACAUGAUAUUAUUAAACAAAAAACACAGAUACCUUUACAAGCAAGAGAGCUGAUUGAUACUGUUUUAGUUAAAGGAAAUGCAGCAGCCAACAUCUUCAAAAACUGUCUAAAAGAAACUGAUUCUACGUUAUAUGAAAACUUAUUUGUGGAAAAGAACAUGAAGUAUGUUCCAACAGAAGAUGUUUCAGGUCUGUCACUGGAAGAACAGUUGAGGAGGUUGCAAGAAGAACGGACUUGUAAAGUGUGUAUGGACAAAGAAGUUUCUAUUGUAUUCAUUCCUUGUGGUCAUCUGGUAGUAUGCCAGGAAUGUGCCCCUUCUUUAAGGAAAUGCCCUAUUUGCCGGGGUAUAAUCAAGGGUACAGUGCGCACAUUUCUCUCAUAAAAGAAAACUAGGCGGUAUGUUACAUAUAUAAAAAAAAGUCUUUAAAAUAUUGGACAUUUGGACCUACCUGAAGUAAAUAGUAUGAUUGUUUUCUUCAGUUAGUAAUGUUCGUGUUCUGCUCUGUUUUAGUAUUAAUACUUUUGUUUCCAAAAAAGAUAGUAGUAUGUAUUUAAUUUUAGAAUCUCUUCUUUGCAAAGCAAGAUUUCUGUUUGAUGAUUACUCCUCUGUGUGGACCAGGGAGGAAUGAAAGGAAUUGUGUCUGCUUCUUAUGAAUCAUUUCAGGAGUGACUGGAUUUGGUAUUCCUUCUAAAAGCUUUGAGUAGUGCUACAGGAGUGUGGUUUAAAAGAACUGGAAACUGGGAACUUGAGCUCAUCAGAAUGAUGGUGCCAAAUUCUAUUUGGUGCUUUUUACUUGUGUUGUAAAUUAAGGAUUUUUUCCUUUUGGUGUUAAUAAGUUUAUCCCUAGUUUGUGAGAAAUAUUUUAAUAAAGUGUUUUGAAAGGUUUGCAU